AUGGAAUGGCUAUUCAGCUACUGGGAUAUCACCUCAGAUACUCUACUCGCCCGAGCGCUCGACUCAGAUGACCCGCACAAUCGCGAUUGGAACGGCGAUACGAUGCUGAACACUGGCUUAAUGAUUGCUCAAGAAAGCCCUCGUGCCCGCGAACUGUUCGAGGCGUGGGAAUCUUGUCCCAAUGAGACAAGAUAUCCAAGCUGUGCCAAGUGUAGUGGCGAAUGGAUCAUUUUCGAUUUGCCUUGUGCUGAGGCGAAUGGGUGUCCUGAGGUCGCGACUACAGGGUGGGUUGGGGAGUUGAUUAGGCAUUAUUGGGGGAAUAAGAAGUCGUUGACGGCUACUGCGGGAGAUGUUGUGCAGUACUUUUUGCCGCAGUUGCAUGGGCUUUUCUAUCAGAAUUUGGAGACAGUUGUGGUUAAUAUGACUGAAGGUGAUUUUGUAUGA